AUGCCACGUCUACGUCGCCAGGCUUCUCUGGCCGGUGCUCUGACCGUGCUGGUCGGAUCUCCGACCCUUCUGCAUGGAGGCGUGCGGGCUGAAAAGGAUACGGUGGGCGAAGGCUUCUCGAUUGCCAGCGGCGGACAGAUCGAGACCCUGGACCGCUCAACGUACAUCAGCUCCAUCCUCAAGUCCAACAACCCGGCGCUCGUGUGGCUGUACGCGGGUGCCGACUGCCCCAACUGCGAGACCAUCCUGCCUGCCGUCGAGGAGGCCGCCGACAAGCUUUCCUCCUGGGGUGUGUCCGUCGCCGCCGUCGACCUGUCCAAGGAGACCAAGCUGAGAAGAGACCUGAGCAUCCCAAAGGGACUUCCCAUGAUGUUCAAGGUGCACCACUCGGAGAGCACUCCGAACCCUUACGGCGGUCUCCCGGUACGGCCUGAGGAGAUGCUCACCAUGUUUCAGGACGCACGCUCCCUCCAAAAGAAGGUGCUGAGCGCGAUCCCGGACUCGGUUGUGUCCGUUGACCUGGAGAAGAGCUCGUCGGGUCCGUCCACAAGCCUGAAGGAGGCCCUGGCGGAAGGGGAUGGCGAGGAGGCGUUCGCUGCGAUCCUCUUCACCGAAGCCGGCAAAGCGUCUCCGGUAUUGAGGGUGCUGGCGAACCAGGUGAGGGGCAAGGUCAGCGCCGUGCAGGCACGCCUGGCAAAGGGACCGACCACCCCUGAUGACGAAGAUGACGAAGAUGUGGCUCAGGACGAGGCAUUGGCGGGGAUGCUGAAAGGCACCGUUGACAUCCCGGGGACGAUUCCGUCCGUCCCCUUCCUAGUGCUCUUGAACAAGGAAUCCGGAGAAGGGAGCGUGUACGGGGGCGCCGUGGAUGACGCCAAGGCAAUGCUAGCCUUCGUCCGAGACGGGGCCGGCAUCUCCUCCGCAACGGAGGCAGGGGGCGCCGGUGCCAGCACUUCCGGUAGCGACGGCGGCGGGGACCGCAAGGGCACCACGGGAGGCGUGCUCGAGCUAGACCCGGAGCUGCUGUCGGUGCUGGAGGAGAAGGGCACGGAGGCCCUGGUGGCGGCGUUUGUGGAGGGGGGAGACGUUGACUCCAUCCCCGGGUGGGCGGAGGCCACCAAGGGUCUCCAGGGGGAGAUCCGAGCGGGGGUGCUGGACUGCACCGCACACCCGGCCCAGUGCGAGGGAUCGGCGAAGCAGAAGAUGCCUUUCUUGAAGGUGUACCCUCACGGCAAGGGCGUCGACGGAGACAAGCGAGGCUUCCCUUCCGUGCUGCCGGCAACGGGGGUGAAGGAAGCCGUUGCCGAGGCGGAGGCGUCUCUCCCGGAAGUCGUAACCGUUAUACCAGCGGGAGUCGGCACCCAGAGGAUCCAAGACGUGGUGCAGUCCUUCUUGGGCGCCAACAUCUUUUCGGGCGAAAGCCCGAUGUGCCUCUUCGUGCUGUCCAAGAAGGAAGAGCCCACGGCGGUGAUCAAGACCGUAGCAGCGGCCUUCCAGUCGGCCAAGGUUCGCGUCAUGUUCAUCGCCAAGCCCGAUCAGGAUCUUCUCGCAGCUCUCGGCGUGUACAAGCUGCCGGCCAUGAUGCUCAUGUUCCCGCAACAGGAGGGCAUGAACGUCGCCGCCCUGAACCCCGAUCAGCCACAGCCCAGGGAAGGGGAGCAGGCCAUGGUGACCGCGCACUAUUCCCCGGCUCAGUGGGGCCCCGUGACUCACGACCACGUGAGCGAGUUCAUCAUGUCUCACCUCAGCUCCCUUGACACGAGCGCCUUCCUGCUGCAUGCUCGCGAGAUGUCGGCGACGGCCAAGCUCAACCGGGAGAGGCUCCCGGUCCAGCUCGAGAGGUUCCUAAACGAGUUCGGCGGCUCCGAAGAAGCGGGGUCGACAUCGUCACAGGGUAGCGGCGACGGUGCAUCGGCAGCCACCUUCAAGGGAGUGCCCGAGGUCACCCCGGAGUUGUGGGCAUCCGUCACGGGGGAGGGGGCCGGCGGAGGAAACCCCCUCACCCUCGGCGUCUUCUUCUUGGACCGGUUCUCGGAAAGAUUUGCGUCAGACCUACGGGCGGCGGAGGAAGCGGCAGAAAAGGCGACGGCGCGGCUGGGAGGCGGUGGGAUAGCGUUCGUUUGGGCGGACGCGCCCUGCCAGGAGGGAUUCGCCAAGACUCUCGGUGUCUCAGACGCAUCGGAAGUACCUGUCCUAGUAGCGUUCUCCUCAAAGCACAAGAAGUCGACGAGGUUUGUGGGGGCGUGGGAGGCAGACAGCUUGGGGACGUUCCUGGGACGAGCUCUCGGUGGGCGGGUUCCACUCUUCCCCGUUGAUGGCGAGGCACCAAGGCCUGACGAAAGCGUGGACUGUGCACAGCGUCCACCGCCUGCCUGGCUGGCCGGCGGCGGGGAGGGGACAGGGGACGCGGCGGAGGAAGACGACGGCAUGGGAGAUUUCAUGGCGGAGAUCCUGGCGGAGGAGGCGAAGGCGAAGCGAGAGCUGGAAGAGGAGGUUGCCAGAGGCCUGCAAGAGAUGGAGGACGCCAAGGGAGCGGAGGAGGAGGAGGCUCCCAAGAGAAAGAAGAAGAUCGUCAAGAAGAAGAAGAAGAAGUCAGGGGCUCGCUCGGAGCUGUAGCAUGCAGCACCUGGCCUAGAUAUUUUUGACACGGCAACGUGACGGUUGUAGGGCUUAGGGUUCGCUGCGUGUGUGGUUGUAUGAAGUAUGUAGCGUCAGGCGGUAUGGGUCACGUCGGUGGGGGGAGUGAACUGCUUUCAAACUGCGAUCAUUUUUUGAUCGCCUUGAUUUGGUUUUCGUCGGAAAGACGCGUCUCCCGUUUUUUCUUGUUCGUGUGUUCAUCUAUCCCGGCGCCAAAGCCUAGACUACUCUACCUUUCGGUGUACGUUUGGCGUGUCAGGUGGUUUCGCACUGCAGGAAGGGAAACACCAGGACUUUUUCUUUAUUUUUCGUCAUGGCGUUCGCAAUUCUUAUGCCAUGGCGCGAAGAAAAAAGAGGAAGGCACCGACAAAUUCCUCAGUCCGGUCUGUUGACAUAGCAGAUGGAAACGUGCAUCUAC